GACACCAUCACGGCCGAGGAAGAAGCUGGACCGACAACAGUCUCGCGUGCGUGUUGCCGCGGAGGAAGAAAAGAGGGGAUAAUGGAUGGAACCGCGUCUCUCGCGCUCGGUCGCCCCCUCUGAGGAGAAACGCAGAUGUUGGGUCGUCGCUUGUUUUGAUUUGCUGAUUUCUUUCUUUCUUUCUUUCUUUCUCUCUCUCUCCGGUCUCAUCGAGCGCUGCUGCUACAAAGGCGCUGGGUCCGGCGGCACCUGGGGUCGAUGGGCAGGAGUGAAGGGACCAGCUCUCACUGGUGAGUGGACCAGGAUUGGAUGAAAACCACUUUCCUCAGUUUGCCCUCCGAGAUCCACAUCACCCGGCUCCACAAAGACACAAGCAGUCGCUGCGUCCAUGCUGAGAUUUCUUUUUCUUUCUUCUUUUUUUUUUCUUUUUUUAAAUUCCCUCCUCUGAAAAGUGCCCUGUUCUGGGAAUGAUGCAUGAGAAACACGCACUUUGCUCCGGUGUUUCACUCCCUGCUGGGCCCCGUCGCGCAUUCCCGGCGAUCCCCGCCACCGAGCGGCCGGUUCCCCUCGUUCAGAGUGGGAUGCGUUGUCGCGACCGCGCAGCCCACGACAAGUGUCCGCGAUCAGACUGCGCGUUUCUGAGCGGGUCGCCCGAAGGCCUGUGAGGAGAGAGGACCCCGCCAGUGGACUGAAGGGGGACGAACGGUGCGCCCUUGGCAUCUUCCCCCCCCCCUCCCGCGCUCAGAAAUAAGCCAGGAACAAUAUGGUGGAGCCGGUGGGCUUCAUCGAGGCGUGGAAAGCGCAGUUCCCGGAGUCGGAGCCCCCGAAGAUGGAGUUGCGGUCGGUCGGAGGAAUCGAGCACGAGCUGGAGAGGUGCAAGGCGACCAUCCGGCGCCUGGAGCAGGAGGUGAACAAGGAGCGCUUUCGCAUGAUCUACCUGCAGACCCUCCUGGCCAAGGAGAGGAAGAGCUACGACAAGCAGCGCUGGGGCUUCCGGAGGACGCCGCUGAACGAGGGGGUGGACCCCGCGGCCCCCCAGGGCGCAGAGUCGCAGUCCCAGCAGCCGCACAUGCAGGAGACCGGCGUGGUCGGAGUAGUGGUUGGUGGUGGAGGCUAUGGCGCCGUUUGUGGGGGGGCUGCUGUGGACAGGAGCCGUUUUCAGCCCCUGGGGGAUGGAGCUAGCAGGACCAAACCCAGACCUCCACCUGCCAGAAAGUCAGCAUCCCACGGAGACGGCCUGGAGUCGGCCUUCGAGGUGCCCCAGCAGGUUGAGUCGACGUCCUGCGACAGCCUGGACGGCCUCUCGCCGUCCAAGCAGAGGGGCGGCGUCUCCGUCUCUCCCCGCAGGCCCACCCUGCCACCCCCGGACAAGGAGCUGCCCUCUGACCCCAAGGACAAGCUCGGGAUGGGCCUCGGCGUGGCGGCUCUUCGAUCCAACUUUGAGAGGAUCAAACGGGCCAACUCUCACUCUGGGGUUGACGUAGCCAAGGGCCAGGAGAAGCAGCUGCCGCCGCCGCCGCCGCCGUUCUACACCAACAUGGAAUUCCACCACGAGAGGGGUCUGGUCAGGGUCAACGACCGCGAAGUCUCCGACAAGAUCAGCACCCUGGGCAGCCAGGCCAUGCAGAUGGAGCGCAAGAGGUCUCUUCACUCCCUCCCAGGUAACCUGGCAACAGUGGCCGGGGAGCUCCGCGCCAGGCCGGUGUACAGAGGCCGGUCCACUGAGAGCACCUGUGGCUACGACGCAGAAUAUGAAGAUGGAGAGCCCAAUCAGAGGCAUUCAGGGAGGGCCAACGGGGGCAAACCUCCACCCCCGCCCUGGCAGCCCUCUGACUUCCAGGCCUACUCCAGCGUCUACGUCGGCGGGGUGAUGAUGGGUGAAGGCGGCGGUGGAGACGGUCGUGCUGGGGGCGGAGGUGGCAGCGGGGUCACAAUGAGAGAGCACGGGGGAGCAGACGACCACCUCCUGACCUGGCCUCGCCGCUCAUACUCCCCUGGUAGCUUUGAGGAUGUGGGCGGGGGCGGCGGCUACACGCCAGACUGCAGCUCCAACGAGAACCUGACGUCCAGCGAGGAGGACUUCUCCUCGGGCCAGUCCAGCCACGUCUCGCCCAGCCCCACCACGGCCUUCCGUCGGCCCUUCAGAGAGAAGAGCCGCUCGCCCUCCCAGAACUCCCAGAACUCCCAGCACUCGUUGGACAGCAGCAGCCCGCCAACGCCGCAGUCUCAGAAGCGCCACCACCGGCAGCAGGGAGGCCACGUGGUCAUGUCUGAGGCCACCAUUGUGAGUGUUCGCAAGACCGGUCAAAUCUGGCCACCUGCCGCCCAUCAUGACCUCUUGCCCCACGGUAGAACAUCCCAUGACAACAGUUUCCAUGGAGACCACCUAGAUGGUCAUUUCACCGGGACCCCUCCCACGUACGGUUACGACGCGGACCGCGCGGAGGAGCAGCGGCGGCACCACGACAUCCUGCCGUACAUCGACGACUCGCCGUCGUCCUCGCCGCACCUCAGCUCCAAGAGCCGCAGCAGUCGGGACACCCUCUCCUCGGGGUCGUUGGAGUCCUCCAAAUCGACUGAAUGUGACCUGGAAAAAGGUUUGGAGAUGAGGAAGUGGGUCCUGUCUGGGAUCUUGGCCACUGAGGAAACAUACCUCAGUCAUCUGGAGGCACUGCUGCUGCCCAUGAAGCCUCUGAAGGCCGCAGCCACGACGUCGCAGCCCGUCCUCACCGUGGCCCAGAUAGAAACCAUCUUCUUCAAAGUGCCUGAGCUCUACGAGAUCCACAAGGAGUUCUACGACGGCCUUUUGCCCCGCGUGCAGCAGUGGAGCCACCACCAGAGAGUCGGGGACCUCUUCCAGAAACUGGCCAGCCAGCUCGGAGUUUACCGAGCAUUCGUGGACAACUACGAGCUGGCGGUGGAGACGGCGGAGAAGUGCUGCCAGGCCAACACGCAGUUCGCUGAGAUCUCCGAGAACCUGAAGGUGAGGAGCCCCAAGGAUAGUAAGGACCAGACGGCCAAGAACUCUCUAGAGGCUUUACUGUAUAAACCCGUGGACAGAGUAACGCGCAGCACGUUGGUACUUCAUGACUUGCUCAAACACACGCCCACCGGCCACCUGGACCACCCGCUCCUGCAGGAUGCCCUGCGGAUCUCCCAGAACUUUUUGUCCAGCAUCAACGAGGAGACAACGCCCCGACGCCAGUCGAUGACGGUCAAGAAGGGAGAGAACAGGCAGCUGCUGAGGGACAGCUUCAUGGUGGAGCUGGUGGAAGGAGCGAGGAAGCUGCGACAUGUCUUCCUCUUCACUGAUCUGCUGCUCUGCGCCAAACUGAAGAAACAGAUCGGAGGGAAAAACCAGCAGUACGACAGCAAGUGGUACAUCCCCCUCACCGAACUGACCUUCCAGGGUCCCGAGGAGACCGAACCGCUUACCAUCCCCCAGGUCCCCGACGAAGAGCUCGACGCCAUGAAGGUCAAGAUCUCACACCUCCGCAGUGAGAUCCAGAGAGAGAAGAGAGCCAACAAGGGCUCAAAAGUCAUCGACCGUCUCAGGAAGAAGCUGUCAGAACAGGAGUCUCUACUCCUGUUGACAUCUCCGAGUAUGCCCCUCCGAGUCUACAACAAGAACGGAAAGGGUUACGGUUUCUUGCUUUCCUCUGACUAUGAACGUGCAGAGUGGAGGGAGAUAAUCAAAGAACAGCAGAAGAAAUGUGUGAAAACAUCCUCCUUGACUUCCAUGGAGUUGCAGAUGUUGACCAACUCCUGUGUCAAACUACAGACUGUCCACCACAUUCCACUCAGCAUCAAUAAAGAAGAGGAUGAAUCCCCGGGUCUCUGCGGGUUCCUGAAUGUAAUCGUCCACUCUGCCUCCGGCCUCAAACAGAGCUUAAAUCUCUACUGCACAAUGGAGGUGGAUUCCUUUGGCUUCUUUUCAAGUAAAGCCAAGACGAGAGUGUAUCGAUACACCACUGAACCCAAAUGGAACGAGGAGUUUGAGAUUGAGCUGGAGGGCUCUCAGACCCUGAGGCUGCUCUGCUAUGAGAAGUGUUACAACAAGACCAAGCAGAACAAAGAGGACGGAGAGGGCGCAGACCGCAUCAUGGGGAAAGGACAGAUCCCGCUCGACCCUCAGACUCUCCAAGGCAAAGACUGGCAGAGGACGGUCAUCCCCAUGAAUGGGAUCGAGGUUAAACUCUCCGUAAAGUUCACCAGCCGGGAGUUCAGCCUGAAGAGGAUGCCCUCGCGGAAACCCAUGGGUGUGUUUGGAAUCAAGAUCUCCACAGUGACCAAGCGAGAGCGCUCCAAGGUGCCCUACAUCGUCCGGCAGUGCCUAGAGGAGAUUGAAAGGAGGGGCAUGGAGGAGGUGGGCAUCUACCGAGUGUCGGGAGUGGCCACUGAUAUUCAGGCCCUGAAGACCGCCUUCGAUACCAAUAAUAAAGACGUGUCGGUGAUGAUGAGCGAGAUGGACGUCAACGCCAUCGCUGGGACCUUGAAGCUGUACUUCAGAGAGCUGCCGGAACCUCUGUUCACCGACGACCUCUAUCCCAACUUCGCAGGUGGCAUCACUCUGUCUGACAGUGUUGCCAAAGAGAGCUGCAUGUUGAACUUACUGCUGUCGCUGCCAGAACCCAACCUGGUCACAUUUCUGUUCCUUUUGGAUCACCUGAAGAGGGUGGCAGAGAAGGAAUGCAUCAACAAGAUGUCUCUCCACAACCUGGCGACGGUGUUCGGGCCGACCUUGCUCAGGCCCUCGGAGAAGGACAGCAAGAUCCCCACUAACCCCACGCAACCCAUCAGCAUGGGCGACAGCUGGUCCCUGGAAGUCAUGGCACAGGUCCAGGUGCUGCUGUAUUUCCUCCAGCUGGAGACCAUCCCCACCCCGGACAGCAAACGGCAGAGCAUCCUCUUCUCCACCGAAGUAUAGAGCUGACGCGUUGACCGUAAAGGAGUGAAAACGAGAUGGACCUUGGCUCAAAGUGAGCCUGUAGUUAUGUUUUUGUUUUUUUUAUUAUUGACUGGCCAGAUUCCAGUGGGCUCUUACAGCUGGUCAAGGGUUGUCUACGGCGGUGCCCGCUCCACUUGAACGCACGAGGGCGCCAUUGGGCCUCUGAAGCUCAGAGGACGUGUGCGGUCGUUGAUAUUCAUACUGCCCAUAUUUAGUAUGAUUCCUUGGACCUUCUGUGGUGUUGUGGGUGAAUCACCUUGCCCUUCUGUUGGUCUUGAGCAAUUGAACCAUUGCAGUUUGUCCACUGUCGUGGUUCAUAAGUCAAGUCUUACUUGAUUCGUGGAAUAAGCCAACAAAUCACAAUUUCCAUGUUUCUUUGUGUUUGGGCAUUGUUCUCUUUUUUUUUUUUUUGGACAAUCAUCGAGUCAAGACUAUCCGUCCCAAACAUCGUUCCAUGUCCUGUUGAGGAAAAAUUCUACUCGUGUCUUACUUAAUCUCAGCGCAUUGUUCCCGAUGAGACGAGAGGAGACAUUUGCGUCUUUUGUCGGAGUUUAAAGUGAAACGUCCAGAGCUGCCGCGCUACCGGCUUUUUUUCUUUGUGGUACAAAAGCCGCGGGAAGCAAAACACCUAUAUGUUCAAAUGUUUACAGCGUAAACAAAGCCCUCCUGGGAGUCGGGGAGACGAACAGGACGUCUUGAAGAAGGACUGUAAGAUAGAAAAAAGGAACCAAAUGACAAGAAGUAACUUGACUGCCAGCAGUUGAUCCGACUACAAUAAGUUUCCCCGUCCGUGUUGUUUGUGUCUCAAGGUAGUCCUGAGCAUAAACACCCAGGAAGCAAUAUAUUUUCUAACAUAGAAACCGUCUGUGUUCAUAUCUUUGCUGAUGAAAUGUCCUUCUUAAUGUAAUAUUGGACAUCUUGCCAAAUUCAUAUGUGGUUUGUUUGUUCCUUAGGAAAAAAGGAAGUGGUUGUAUUUACAGUUACAGUUUGUACAUAAUCUUAAAGUCAUAUUUUUUUUUCCUUUUUUCGUUUAACAGUAUAAUCAUUGUUGCUAUUAUUGUAAUUUAUUUUCUGGCCUGGGGGGGAUUUAUUUUAUUUUAAUUUUCUUUGUGCGUGAACUCUUUUGGGUUUGAUUAAGGAAGUGGUAGGUCUUAGCCUUGACUUAAAGUCUUGCAGUAAAAACGCAGGAUUUAGCCUUGAUCUUAUAAAAAAACUACUCCACUGCUCUGUCCAGCCUAUCCAUUACUCAUCUAGGUCUUAUCAUGAAGGUGAACACACACACACACACACACACACACACACACACACACACACACACACACACACACACACACUCAUUGUCGUUACGUACCUUAUGCUGCUGGGGGGGAAAGGCACACGCUCCUUAACUGCUGGCUGUUCCUCAGCAGAACGUCUCACAUCCACAGACCUGUCUAGUGUAGACAUUAUGCAAAGUCAUAAUUCAACACACACACACACACACACACACACACAUUUAUGGCAUCGUCUCUAUGAAUCUGUGGCUGCGGAAGUGCGCUCGUGCAAUGUUAGAACUACUACUGUAUUUAUUACAAUUCAAGUGACCUGAGCACUCAGCAUUUAUGUCCAUUGAAGAGCAUAUCUGUUUGGUUUAAUGAAGGAAUCUUUAUUUUGUUUCGUCUUCUCCUGACUUUUAUUUCUUCUUCUAUUCUCUCAUUCACUCAAAUGCCCUUAUAAUUGUUUGUCCCUGUCAAUCUGAACAUGUCCCUUACACAAUGGCCAAGUUAAACCGAAGCCCUUUAAGCAUUUUGUUUACGCUAAAAUGACAUAUUUCCAAGUUUCAUCUUGAUUUAACAUGCAGGCAUGUUCCUUUUUUCUUUUCUUUAUGCUCUUGUCAUCUGUUUACAAACUUGCCCUCUCACACUUGGCUUUGCGAUGCUGGUGAACUCACGAGGAUGAGGUGGUUUGUCGCAGCGUGUCGUUAUCUGGCACAUUUAAAAAGAUAUAAAUGGCAUGGUUUGCUCCUCAUAUCCUAUCACGGCAUGAACCUAAAAACCAACUGAUCAGAUCGGUGGAUCUGUAAAUGGCUUGUAAGAUAUCACAGGAAGGCACAGGCGAGUAAGUUAAUAAGAUGAACGUCUGUAGUCUCUCAGUGGCGAGAGGAGUCCUUCCUUUUGGAUACAUAUCAACGCUCUAAAGUUUGAGAAAGCGAAAACAAAAAGGAAUUUGAUGCUGACAAUACGUUUAUGUUGCCUGAUGUCAACUUGGUGUAUAGAUUUCUGAUGAAACACUGUUGAGAUUUCAUUCUGAAGUGUCCAUGCCUUCAGUCCCGGCACAGUUGCGCGUGAUGUGUUUUUAAACUGCCUCCACUAAUUUUGUCUUUCCUCGUCUACAUUUUAGCCGGCGAGACAGAACGGAUUCCCCCGUUCGCCCGUUGCUCCGCUCAUGCGUCACCUUUAGAACAAAAGCUCCCGAUUGCCUACACUCGUCCACCCUAUCGUGCCUCGACACUUUUCCUUUGGUUUAGCGCCGGCGGUUAAAAAAAAACAAAAAAACAUGUCGGUGAAAAAAAAAACGCUGGCGCCGGGGACGUCGCUCAGUCCCCCUGUUGCCUUCUCUGAGGUCGGCCGCACACCUCUCAUCUCCUAAAGAGUAGACUAAGACAGGACCUUACACUUAAGCACGGUCUUAGCUCGUAUAUAUUGUACACGCCUGCCACCUUCGUCUGACUGUGACGCUGUGACUGAAACGUGUGUUGACGUCGGUCUUAAUGGGGCAAAAGGACAGAAUUGUCUUGCCCCUGUCUUUUGUCUUAGCUCUUAAAAAAAUGUUCUGCUCCUUUUAUGCCUUUUUUGAUUUGUAUUUAUUAAUGCUUUGGCGUAGUUUGGUAUGAAAAGGUCUCACGGGGAUGUAUUUAUUUAUGAUAUUAUGUUAGGGGGGGUGCUUGCUUCUGGGAAAGGUAAGUCUGAUGUUGCAGUCUGCCUAUCCGACAUCCCGUUUCCAAGUUCCAGCUGUUUAUCUCAGAAAAAAACCGCUGUGCACAUCUGCAAGACAACGUUCAGCUCCGGUUCACCUCUGUAGUUCUUUGUGUUGUACAACAGACUCACCACUGUGAUGGUUUAGCUCUCCGGUUCAGUCAUCUGAAUGACAGGUGCAAGUUCCUGUCGAUAUAUAAAAGAAAAGGUAGAUUCUGGGAGUUGACAAAACGCAAACGUCUACUUUUCCAUAGAGUUGUAUGAUAUGUAUUAUACUAGAGAGUACAUAAUUUGGGGUUUUCUGUUUAAUUUAUUGUGGCGUUCCAUUGGCGUAUGAUCGUUAAAGACUGAUCGAGCUGGUUAACCUCUAGUCUCUUCGAAAAGCCAAUCUGUCCGUUUAUGGUAGAGGAGGAAUGAGUCCUAUAUAUUACUCUGAAAUCUGAAUUACUAUUAUUUUUUUGUUUGGUCUGUUGAUUGUCAGUGUAACUGCAUGUACCCUCCAUUAUACAGUUCCCUCCACAAUCCUCUGUCCCAUAGCUCUGUACAUGAAGAAGCAAACACGGCAAAAGGAAAAGGUGUCGUUUCUCUGUGCAAUAGCCUGAAAAUAUGGAACAUAUUGCUCUAUAUGAAAGUAACAAAUGUUUUUGCAUUUAUUGUACAUGACACUGGGUAAUUAAUCACCACAUUCUCAUACUGCAGUCAGUUAAUAAUUUGACAUGACCUUCUGCGACCUCUGCUCCGACAUUAAACGAGGUCACACGUUGACGUCUGGGGGAAGAAACGCUGGUUCUGUUCUAUUCAACGUCCAACAUGAAGCUGAGGAUGAGACGUUAUGACCGACCGCAAAACGUUUUCUCUUUUUACCUUCCUCAAUUCUUUGGACUCUUGUUCCUGUUGAAUAUUCAAUGUUCUGCUUGUAGAACUUUAAAAAAGGAAUACUGUACUCUGAGGGCAAACGUGUUCGGAAGGCAUUUGCAGCCUGUGUUUGUACACAAAACUGUUAAAUAAAAACUGUAUCUACAUAGAA